GUAAACCAGAAAGAAACAUGGCAAAGGAACAAAACCACAUCUUCUCUAUCUCACCACUCAACCCAACACUUGAACAACAAACACACAACAAAACCAGAUAAAGAAAAAACACACACACACACAGAGAAGAUGAAGGGUUCAGCAAAAGCAAUUUCAAGUCCAGGUAGAACAGAGAAAUUUCCACCGCCAUUAAUGAGAUUUCUAAGAAGCAACGUGGGAAGUAGAAGCAGAGGAAGGUCACGUGCCAGUCCUAUGUUCAUGCGCAAAAACAAGAACAAUGUUACCGUUAUUGAAACAACUCAAGAACCAUCUUCCCCUAAAGUCACGUGCAUAGGCCAAGUUCGUGUUCGCCGCUCCUCUAAGUCCGCUGCCGCCUCAAACGGCGGCGGACAUACAACACGAACACGAACACGAACACGUCGGUCGAACUCGGCCAAAAAACAACGAAAAAAAACAUGUUGGUGGAAGAUUCGCAAAUCUCUAUUUUGCAACAAUAGUCAAGGAAAAUGUUACAAAUUACACAAACCCAAGUCGUUAUUUUCAGUUUUGAAAAAGUGUUUUUGCUGUUUUCGAUUUGGGUGUUGGAGAAAAAGAGUCGAAACUGUAGAUUCUUCAAUUCAGAGAGUACAAAGCCGAGUUAGUACUAGCACUACUGAAAGCUGUAGUACUAUUGAAAAUAUUACGAAUACUGCCAAAAUUGGAAGUUCUUUUGUAACGGAAAAUAAACAAGGAUUUGUGGGUUCUAAUUCUUCUUCUUCUUCACCACCCAAAAAUGCUUUACUUUUAACUCGGUGUAGAUCAGCACCAUAUCGAUCUUCAUCUUUAGCAAGUAGAUUUUGGGGUUCUCCUAUAAACUCAUCAGAAGAAACUGAGGAUAAUACCGAAAUCGAAAUACUAAAAUUAAAGACUCAAGAAUUGGAAAAAAAACCAGUUCUUGAAAACCCCAUUUCGCCAAACGGCGAAAAUGGGGAUUUGGAGUUGAGAAAAAGCCAUGGAAGUGAAGAAAUGGAGAGCUCUAAUGGUGAAAGUAGCAGAGAAGAAGAAGGUGAAGAAAAAAAUGGAGGAGGUUAUGUUCAUCCUUUUUUGCUAACAAGGUGUAAAUCAGAACCAGCAAAAAGAGGUGAAAGGCUAAAUCCAGAUUCAGUUUUGUGUAUGCAAAGAAGGUCUACUGAUCCUGAUUCUCAAACUUGAUUCUUGUUUUUUUUUUUUUGUUUUUUUUAUUGCAAUAUACUUGUAAUUUUUACAAGAAAUAUUAUAGUAAUUACUAUAUGUGAGUAAAGUUGUUUCUAAUUUUUACA